UUUGCCAGAAAUAUUGAAAGACCAGAGGAAAAUUCACCAACAAACUGCCGAAAGUUCACCAAAAAACACCGAAAGACCAGAGAAAAGCUCACAAGAAAGUUCAUCAACAAAUCAUCAAAAGAUUGGAAGAGAAAGUUCAGCUAAUUUCAAAAGAUCAUUAAAAGUCUACAAGGUUUACUAG